AUGGUUCAGAAAGUCUCAAGAUUCCUGAAUGAUUUGGUAGACCCAGUGAAAAUUGACAGUCUUAGGGACACUGGUUCAGAGACCAUGGACAAAGGUAUCCUGGAAUGUGCAGGCACCUCAUUCCAUGGUCAGUAUUCAGUUGGCCUCAUAGGACAGAAUCCAAAUGUAGCUAUUGAUGAAGAUGAAUAUAAAGAAGAUUCUAUUUUCAGGAGCAGCAGAUAUCAGCAGACAGAAGAUCCUAGCAUUUGCUGCAUGUCUCCUAAAAGUGGACAAUCCUUUUUCUUUCCUUUGAAAAUCAGAAACAAAGAAGCAAAAGCCCUCAGUGCCUUACCCUCUACUUUCACAAUGCCAAAAGCAUCAGAGCAGCUCUUGCAUCUUGAUGAAAUGAAAGAAGAUUGCUCUUGCUAUCAGGUUCAAUCCCACCUGGAAAAUCCAGUGAGGUAUCACGUUCAGCAAAUUCCACAGCAUCAAGUGAAACCACUCCUGACAAGUGAAACCAAGCUAUCUAGCCAAUCUCUAUUAUUGCCUCAUUCCCAAUCUGUACCUUCUUCAGGAUCUACGCCUAUAAUAAAGAGUGAUCAUAUGCCACCUACUAGUAAUAUCAGCAUUCCUGAAAGUCCAAUAACCAAGAUACUAACUCUUGGAGGAGAACAUGAAAAUGGGAUGGAAGAAGUUAUUGAUGAUAUAAUCAACAUGGAAUCAAAUUUUAAUGAUGAAGGGAUAAGUUGCUCUGAAACACCACUGCUCAUGCCAAGAGUGCUUUCAAGUAGCAUUCUGGAUUUAUACAAUAGUGACCAAGGAAUGACAGCUGCCAAUGUGGGUCUUACCAAUACUUCCUGUCCUUCUAAUUUUCCAGUUAAAAGGGAAAUAACAGAUACACAAACAAUCACAAAAGAGAGACUAAAAAAGGACAACCAUAAUCUCAUUGAAAGAAGAAGAAGGUAUAACAUUAAUUACCGGAUCAAAGAGCUUGGCACACUUAUUCCAAAGUCUAAUGACCCUGAUAUGCGCUGGAAUAAAGGAACUAUUUUAAAGGCAUCAGUGGAAUAUAUCAAGUGGUUACAGAAAGAACAACAGAAAGCUCAAGAAUUAGAGCAGAGACAGAAGAAAUUAGAGCAGGCUAACAGACGACUGUUGCUACGAAUUCAGGAGCUAGAAAUACAAGCACAUGCCCAUGGACUACCAAUGAUGUCUUCAGUCAGUGUGGUUGACUUAGCAUCCAGGGUCAUGAGGCAACAGGCAUAUCCAGAAGAGAAUUCAAUAGACUAUAUUCAACACCUAGCCAUGGUUCAAGAGCAAGAUGCUGAUUUACAUGACCCAGCUGCUGCUUUUUCUGAUCCACUCUCCCACUUUACAGACCUGUCUUUUAGUGCUGCCUUAAAAGAACAGAGACUAGAAGAAAUAUUACUAGAUGAUACAAUAUCACCACUUCGGAUAGACCCUCUUUUAUCUUCUGUGUCUCCUGCUCUAUCAAAAGGAAGCAGCAGAAGGAGCAGUUGCAGUUCAGGUGAUGAUGUAUAACAUAGAACAACAUUCCAUAGAUAGAAUAGAAGGAAAUCUUCCUUGCUUUACUAGUGCUAUAUGUAUGCUGCUGCUUAUUUCAGCAUGAUCAGGUUGGUUGCUGAUAGAAUCUAUUUUGGAAAGGAUUGAGUGUGAAAUAAAAAAUAAGAAAAUUUUCCAACUUUAUAGAAAGUAGUAAGAUUUUACUCUCAGGCAAGACAAGGGGGGGCAUACAUAUUCAAGGAGAACAUUGCUUUUCAUGCACAGAGGACAAACAUUUUGAAUGAAAGCUUAAUUUGUUCAUUACAAAGUCUCUGAAUCAUGAAAAAAAGUUUGGUCUCUCUUUGGCCUCUGUGCAUGGAAGUUAAUGUAUAGAAAGCCCACUGUACUUUUUUAUGUAGAAACACAUGUAAAAUCUAUUUUCAUAAGUCUCUUGUUGGAAGUGAUGACUCAAACCAUCAGAGAUUUUGUAUCAUUAUUAUUUAUUUACAAGGAAUGCUGUAUACAGUAUUCAAUACCUUGCAAUUUUAUUCCACUAUUGUAUAGAAGCAGGUUGGUGUUAGAGAAUGUUGGGGUCAAAGGUAGCCCAUUGCAUAUCAGUCUAAAACUCGAGGGUAUGUGUUCUAUUUUAGGAUGCUUGAAUGAUUGAAAAUGAGAAGCAGAACCCUAAAAUAGAUAUUUGAAGCAGGAUCCUAAAAUAGAUAUCUGGCAACUUCAAGAAAUUAUUCUAUGUAUCAUACUACAUCCACAAUAGCUUACAAAGGUUCAAGUUCAGAGAAUGUACUUCACAUCCUGGAAUUAUUGACAUUGAUCAUGAAAAUAUUUCCUACCAAUCUAAAUUAUUUAUUCACUAGGAAUGAAUCCUAAUGGGUCCCAAACCUAUUAGCAUGGAAAGUGUGCAUUAGGAGUAUAAAACCGUGUUGCAUGUGGGAAGACAUCUCUAUCUUCACUUAAUUGGACUGCCCUAUUCCCCAUAAUCAGGGUCUAGUGCCCAGCAAUAUCACUUUAAGGUGAAUUGUAUAAUUACAAAUUGGUGUGCCAUUGUCCCAAUGCAUUUUGGGAAUAAAAUCACCCAGUGAUUUUAAAAGUCCAGACCGUAUAAACAAAGACCUAGAUUGAUACAGCCUAAUACUUAAAAAUGGUAAAAGACUCAUUAUUAAUAUUAAUUAUUCCAAAGAAUCUAGGCAGUUUCAGAAUAACCUUCUGCUGGACACUUUCCUAAUGAAUAUUUUGAAAUUAAAUGGAUUAUACGUCCAUUAUAAGUUAGAUCCUAUUAAGGUGCUUGCUAUUUUUUUUUUAAUCUUGCAUAUUUUUCUGCAGUAUAAUUCUAUUGAUGAUGUUACAAUAUAUAUGCAUCCAUGUUUUAAAUCUCAAUCUGAAUAUUUUAACAAAGAAACUUGUACAUUUUGCAUCUAUGUUAUGCCUCUCUCACUCAUACACACACUUCAUUCAAAGAAGAUAUUAGAGCAAUUUGCACAGUACUCUCAUCUCUCUCUCUCUCACACACACACAC